ACCAGUCAGAAGCUACACAUUCAAAGUUUUUAGGAAGGAAAAGAGCUGAGAGAAUCCAAGUUACACAUUCAGAACGCCUAGUUCUCUUCCUACAAUCUGCAUAUCCUUUCUGAUAAUUUCUUCUUCAAAACCUUUGCUCCCAUGAGGCCUUAUCUAGCAGUCUCUCUUCUUCUUCUUUGGUCCCUCCUCCUUUCUGAGGCUCAAGGUAUUCGCUUGGAUAAGAAGUACUACUUCAUGUCACAAGGGCAACAGAAAGUACAUCAUGAUGAAGAUGGAAGUGAUUUGAUGAAAAAAACCAACGGUGGUGCUGGAGAACAGCUGAUGAUUCUCUGCAAAGAUGGGCACUGUUCUUCAGGAAAGAAUAGAAAACUUAUUACCACAACCACUUCUACCACCACCACCACUUCAAAGAAUGAGAAGAGUGGUCAAGAUUACUACUACAAUAAAGCCGACCCAAUGUCAAAGGGCCAAUCGGGUAGUGGGGAACAUGGGGAGAAACAGACUUUCAUGGUUAGUGGGAAGCCUACAUCUGAUGAGCAUCGUGAGAGUACUGCCCUCGAGCACUUUCCGGACAACGCUGAUAUAGUUGAUAUGGACUAUUCUCCGGCCAAGAGAAAACCUCCAAUACACAACUGAAUGUUGGGAAUAAUAAAAACAAAAGUAGAAAGUAUUAGGAUAAUAAUAAAAAGAAAGAAUAGAAGUUGGACAGCAUUACCGAAAUGCUGCAGUUUUUGAGGCUUAGGAAUAUUGAUUUUGUACAUAAAAUAUUUUACUAUUAUUCUUAGCUUAAAGUAUCAUUUUGAUGAUUGAGUGAUAAACACUUUGGAACCACAAGCUGCCAUUGUAACAAUGAAAAGUGAAAACAAAAUAAAUAAUACCAGUUAUAUGCAGGAUAA